AUGAAUAAAACAAAUAUAUCAAAUAUUGAAGUAUCUUAUGAUCUUAAUAUCAUACAAACAUCACUUACAGUUUUACAAAAAGCUUUACCUCAAAGCUAUAAUUAUAUUAUUGAUUCAUUUGAAGUGGCUCAACCUCAUAAUUUUUUGGGUGCUUAUAAAGAACCAUUUAUAGCAAAAUUUUAUAUAAAUAUUUGUACAGGAAAAAAAUUUGAUGAUUUAAGUGUUGACAAAAAAAAAUCAACUAGUAUACAUAUGAGAGACACAAAUUGUCCAGUAAUACUCAGUAUACAAGUACAGAACAAACUAGAUACUCAUUCAUGCAUAGUUAAAACAAAAGAAGCAUUCUUUGAGCUUUUUUAUAUCAAACAUAGUCCUGCAAGUGCACAUUAUAUAUAUUUGGAAGAGAUUCAGCUGAAGUAUGAAAAUGAUAAGAAAAUUUUAGCAGAUCAGGCAAUUUGUCCAAACAAACAAAAUAUUUACUACCUUCAUCAAAUGUUCCUUGACAAGUCUAUCAGCGCAAAGAAUAGAAAAGAAAUGUUCAAUCAUUUGGUUAAAGAAGUUAUGAAGUUUAAUGAUAGCAAAAAAGGAAGUGCCUGGAUGCAAUCUUAUGUCAUUCCAACAGAAUCUGAUCCUGAACAAUCAUUUAUUCUCAUAAUUUUAACUAAUUUAAUGAAACAUU